GAGAACCGAAUUUCAAAAUUAUGUAUUACAUAUGUUAUGUAUGUAUACAUUUGUCGUUUUUAUGAGGAUAGUGUUGUAUAUAUCCCAAGAGACGCGCCGCCGCUUCUUCGCCUUUCCUCGUGAAGUCUUAAAGCUUCGAUCUUUUCCAAAACCCACGUCGUGUAUAGCAAUAAUACCCACACGACAGCUUAACAAAAACCCUUAACUAAAGAUCAAAGCUUUUCGCUACUCUCUUAUUCGAUUAUCAUGAGAGCGAGAUUGGUUGUUUUCCCGAUUAAAGGGAGGAAGUGGUGUUUCAGCAGAUCCGUCGAUCCUUUCGCUGCUCAGUCUCCCUCCGGUGUUACUCCGACCACUGUACGAGGUUUAUGGAAGAAGAUAUCGUCUGAAUCGAAGCCCAUCAACGCCAACGCUGAGCUUCUUGUCGAUUUCAUCUCCGACAAGAUGAACAAGGCUUGGAUGGGUCUUGAGAUAGCACCUGAAGGUUCAAUGAAGAGCAAGAUUCAUGGGUUGGGAUUGAAGCUUCUGGCUCGUGUGAAGCCGUCUGAGAUAUUCUUGAAGUCUAUAUCUAAGGAGGUUACUUCUGUACAAGUCUCUUAUCCUCCAAGUUUAGAUCCUAGACUUGUACGCAGAAGACUACGCCACAUUGCUAUGAGUGGGACUAUCCUGCACAAGAAGUACCUUAUUGGUUCAGUAACUUUGCUUCCAUUGACCACUGCGUUUACGGUAUUGCCAUUACCAAACAUACCAUUCUUCUGGGUCUUAUUCCGCACUUAUUCUCACUGGCGAGCUCUUCAGGGAAGUGAGAAGCUGCUUAAGCUCCUUUCAAACCAUUCAAAUCCUGAAACUGAUGAUGCAGAUGAAAGCAACAACAACAACAAACCAGAACAAGAGGCUCAAUCUCCCACUUGUGUUUUGUUGCCAUCAGAAGAGUUAUACAAGCUACUAGGUGAAGCUAGUGAGGAAGGGCUUGAUGAGGAGACCAUAGUAGAGAUUUGCAAAUUGUUCCAUCUCAAUAAGAUCGAUGUUCUUAAAUAUCGCAAUCUUGUCUAACUCUUUUGUCAUUUUAGGCACUUUUUCGUUGGAACAACUGUUUCAGAUGUUUGGGAGAUAACUUACGAGCCAAUUCUUUCCUCGUAUUUGGAUUCGUUGGAUCUUUGUUACCUGACAGCAGCUUAUUUUUCAAA